AUGGUGGAGGGACAAGGGCUGGAGCGGCGGACUGCAGCGGACAAUGUGGAUCCCAGGGACUGGGCUGUAUCUCACUGCGUUGCUGCUGCUCCUGCAGUGCAAUUCCACGACUGUGCCUUGGGGAGUCAUGUCCAGUUUAGAACCAGCGACAGCAGGUUUGAUGUGGAUGGUGCCGGGGUUGUACAUGCAUCUCGGACCCUAACCAUUGAUUCGGAAGAUGAGUUCCGUGUGUUGGCAGAAGAUUUGGAAACUUGUGAAACUUGGAGUGUGGAUAUUCAGCUCAGCCCUUGGAAGAAGACCGAGCUUGUCAAGAGGAGCCUUAAAGUUAUCCGGUUUCCAGCGAAAAGGAGCUCCAGACGGCAGAAGAGGGAAUGGGUCAUUCCACCACUUGAUGUUCGUGAGCAUGAGCCUCCGACACAGCAUAACCCGAUUGCUAUUAUUCGAUCGGAUGCUGAGGAUAUACCUGGUGUUACCGUAACCUACCGCAUCACUGGCAAAGGGGCCACUGAGCCACCUAUUAAUCUGUUUGUAAUCGAUCAUCAAACCGGUGAAUUAAAUAUUACAAAAGAGGUGGACCGUGAAGUAAAUCCAAUGUUCAUACUUACCGGUCAGGCCUAUGAUCAAAAUGGAAACACGAGAGAGAAGCCAAUCGAACUCGAGGUUAAAGUUUUGGACAUCAACGAUAAUCCUCCAAUUUUCACAAAACAAGUCUUCCAAGGGAGUGUUGAAGAAUUGAGUCCGUUUGGCACCUUCGUAUUAUCGCUGAAUGCAACUGAUGCCGAUGAAGGGGAGAAUGCUGUGAUCCAUUACAGGAUCAUAAGUCAAAAUAUCAAAGAGGAAUUCACUGCAACAGCGAACGGAGAAAUCAAAGUUACAGAUCGGAAUCUGGACCGUGAGACGCUGAGUUUCUACACCUUCAUUGUUGAAGCUCGUGAUCUGCGAGGGAAAAGUCAAGGACUCAGUGCAACAGCAUCAGCUCAGAUCAGGAUUUUAGAUGUAAAUGACAAUAUCCCCACUGUGGAACAUUUUGAGUAUGAAAUGCAUGUGCAAGAAAAUGUGAAAAAUAUUGAAGUGAUACGCAUAAAGGUGAUAGAUAAGGAUGAAAAGUUCAGCGAUAAUUGGGUGGCGCAGUUUGAUAUUAUUGAAGGCAAUGAAGCCGAAUAUUUCAGGAUUGAAGUCGAUAAUCGAACCAACGAGGGAAUUUUGAUUGUUCACAAGGAACUGAACUAUGAAGAAAUGGAAGUGGUGAAUUUAUUAAUUCGGGUCCGUAACAAGGCACCAUUCCACAGCUCCGUUUCUUCAACCAGCAUCGUAAGGCCUAUUAAAGUAAAACUCAUUGUGGACGACGUGAAAGAAGGUUUUGAAUUUCGACCCUCAAGAUGGAUGGUAUCAGUGAAAGAAACUACCACUGGUACAAUAGUCCAUGAAGUGCUCGGAAAGUAUCCUGCUGUUAGUGCUGACACUGGCAAGCAGAGCAAGAUGACCAAGUAUGCCAAGGAUGUUGACGUAGCUAACUGGUUAGUGAUUAAUCCGGACACUGGGGAGGUUACCUUCAAUGGCGUUCCUGAUCGAGAGUCAAAGCAUGUGAUUAAUGGGACGUACUCUGCAACCAUAUUGGCCAUAAACAACGAACGUCGCCCUGCCUCAACAUCCACAGGAACCAUUGUGAUUAGAGUGCAAGAUGCUAAUGACCAUCGGCCAAACUUUGUAGAUUUAAAUCCGUGUAUAUGCAGCAAUGCAAAGUCAUUGACCCUCACUGCCUUCGAUGCAGAUGGUCCUCCGUAUGGAGCCCCUUUCCAGUUUAAUCUAAAUUCUAAUAAGAAAUGGAAAUUGGGUCAUACUAAUGCAACUAGCAUGCAGCUGAUUCCCAUCGGAGAUUUGUGGCCUGGAAUAUUUACCGUACCAAUAUCAAUCAAAGAUAACGAUGGCAAUGGACAUUUGGUAAACCUCAAUGUUCACGUCACUGAUUGCCAUGAGGUCAACAUGUGCAGAGCAGAGAAAUUAUUCCAAUCAUCAAAGGCAUAUCUCGGUGCUGCUGCUGUGGGUCUCAUGGUGCUGGCCUUACUGCUGCUCCUGCUUGUUCCUUUGCUGCUCCUGUUUUGUCAAUGUGCCGGUGGAAUGGGGAGAAAAGGCUUCUUUGUGAUACCACCCGAGCCUGUGGGAUCCCUCGGCAAAAGCAACUUUGAAGGUGGAGGGCCUGUCGAUACGAUGGUGCCAAUCCUUUCUCCUGACAAUACAGUGGGAAUGGGUCAACGAGCAGAAGGAUUUGCUGCAGUAGGAGCUGGAGGAAGUGGCCUUAUAGGUUCUGGUAAUUUCGUGGAAUCUGGUGGUGUCGUUGGAUCUAGUGGUGUCGUGGGAUCUAGUGGCAUGGAUUGGAAGUCUGAGAAACAGAUGAUGUUGGAGGAGGAAGCUUACGAAACAGGUUCGAGUCGAUUGGUUUCCAUUCAGGACAGGAAAGUUCAGUAUGAUGUCUUUGGAAGAUCAGCAGGGGCUCCAACUUGGAGUCAAUUGUCAUCUGGUGGAAAACUGUGGGAAGGUUCUUGUAAGGCUUUCAUCGAGCAAUACAUCAGCAAGAAGUUGGUCCCCGAAACAGAAUGGGAAUCUCACUCAGUGCGUGAUGUCUUGCUGGUGUACGCCGAUGAAGGGAAGAACUCUCCUGUCGGUUCCCUUGGUAGUUGUAGCUGCAUUGAGGAUGCUGUCAGAGAUGAUUCCUUCCUGAAUGACCUGGACUCAAAGUUCAGAACCCUCGCUGAGAUCUGUGAGAGUCGCCACUCGGUGUUCGUCAAAUCCAGCUCCCGCGCAUCGUCGGGGUCCACUGAUGCCCUAAUCCAGCAGAGCAACGAGGCGAAAGAGGGGUCCGUCUGGAAGGAGACUGUAAAGCUAUCGAGUGCAACCCAGGAGGCACAAGAAACACCCGUUCAGAAACACAUUGUGGUGACCACAACCAUCAGUCCCUGUGGGGAGGUCAUGCCUGGAGUGACUGACCCCACAUUAAUCCAAAGGAUGGCGAUGGCAAAUGCCCGAUCAGGCAUUGAGGAUCUGCAGGGUGUCACUGACCCAACGUCAGGCCACAAAGCAACCAAGUUUAAUCUGGGCGUGGAUCACGUCGACGGAACAGUUCCAUCCUUCUCCCAAAUGCCCAUUGUCCAAAAGAGUGUGGUAGUGACCAGAUCGGUCAAGUCAGGCACGAGGGAAACACAACCCAUGAUCACCGAGCCAUCGUUUGGAUCAGUACCCGCAGUUGCGAAGAAUGUGGUCUUGACCAGAUCAGUUGAUACCUGCGCAGGGGCGAUGCAAGGCAGCUCCACUGAUCCAUCCCUGGGUCAGGCCUCUCUCAGGCAGCAGCACGUGCGGGUGACUCGGUCAGUUCAUUCGGGAAAGGGAGAGAUGCAAGGCAUGGCCACUGACCCGUCCACUGGUCGGGUGCCGGUGAUCCAGAAAAAUGUGGUGGUGGGUGGAUCGCUCCGUUCAGGAACGGGAGGAAUCCAAGGCAUUGCCUUGGAGCCAGCAAUUGCAAAAGAUUUGGUUACGGGUCCCUUUGGUGGUGGGACGUACAGUUCUGUUAAAAAAGUAACCAAAACUGUACAGUUAUUACAGGAAUAGGCAUUUUGUACAAUCAAAUACAUUUUAGCUAACAAUAUCACUGGAGGGGAGAUGUUCUGAAAGAACAUAGGAAGUAGGAGGAGGCCAUUCAGCCCCUCGAGCCUAUCCCACUGUUUAAUUUGAUCAUGGCUGAUUUCAUCUUGGCCUCAACUCCACAUUCCUGCCCCCAUAACCCUUCAACCCAUUGCUAAUUAAAAAUCCGAUUAAAAUCCAGAAAUAGGAUAGUGUGAUUACCCCCCUCGAGCCUCCGUACAAAGCCCAUUGGGACCUCUCAUACCCCAGAGCAACACAAAUCUCAAACCAAGAAGCAUACGCUAAGACCAAAGAGCCAGAAACUAAAACUAAACCCAAGAAAUCAGCUCAGUUUAGGUCAUUUUAAAGACUGGCAGAUUUUUAGAAGCGUCAUAUAUUUUCUGGCAAACACACCUUUUAAUGUAACGGCCCUUUGUUUUUGUUAGAAUUAAGUGCACAAAUAAUUCCACAGUACACGUAGAAAUCCACUUACGUUGGCUUGUCAAUAGUCAGUUUCUUGUUUGACCAAAGUAGCUAAACAUUUUAAAGUUGGUCAAACAAAGAGGGUAUGGAGGUUUCUUUUUUUAAAUUAUCAUAUGUAUUUGUCACUCUUUAUCUACUUUUAUCACUCCUGAGAAACAAGAUAAAUUCAUUUGUUUACUUCCUUGAUGUUAUAUUUCUAGCUCCAGAUCUGACAAAAUGAUAUCCUUUUUUGCAAGAAUCAUUUAAAUGUUGUCAUAUUAUUUAAAUACACUCAGUUGUUUCAAAAUAUAGAGUCAUAGAGAUGUACAGCACUGAAACAGACCCUUCAGUCCAACU